AUGACCCUCAUCCUCUUCAUCCUCAGCUUGAUCAGAGCGAGCCAUGUCUCAAGAAAACAAUUGGAAAUGGGCCCAGUGGAGAAGACCGGACCGCCGCGACCGCCGCCGUGGGAGCAAUUUCCAUUCCUGACACGGUAUUUUGGUGGCGUGAGGAGUAUUGUUCCUAAGGGGGAGAGUAGAGGGGAGUAUCCAGGUGAGGAAGGGGGAGUCGAGGAGGAAGGCGAAGCAACUGCAGAGACGAAUGAGACGGUGGGGAAGACCGUGGAGCACAGGGACUUGAACAAGAUGCCGAAGGGUGUGCCGUUUGAUCCAUAUCACAAGAUGGAAGAGGGGUUUGCGCAGAGAAAAGAGUGUUUCUUGGAUAGAGAGGAGAAGAUCAGGAUACCGCAAGUGCAUCUUUACGAGGGAGUGCCCAGGGGAAUGCCAGAUCCGGUGAUCGGUGCACAUGAGACGCUGGGGCUGCGUGAUGAUGUGUGCUUUGAUCGAUUCGGCCGGCUGGGACCAUAUGGAUAUGGUUAUAGUGUCAGGAAGGGAGGGUCGGGUGCUGGCAUGAACGGUGACAGGGAAGGCGCUGAUGAUAUGUGGACGGGGGGCCAAAGUAUUCCGGAAGUUGAUUUCAAGAAAGUCAGGUGGGCUGAGGCUCAGGAUGCUUGUCUUAAGAAGAAUGCGAGGAGACUCGAGAAUGUUGAGACGAAUCAGACGGCGCCGAAGCCUCUUUUUACCCACGCGGGGGAUACUACGACAUCAGAAGACCGUAUUGAGGUCAAGCUCAACAAGAGGAACAAUGCGACUGUCUCAUCAAUACACAAUGACACCGAAAACACUACCCUGAACAAGGACAUAAGAAGGCUUUCAAGAACUGCGAUUGUCAUCCGUACAUGGUGGGAUCAUGACUACACAUCCGAAGAAAUCAUCUACCUGCGUUCUUUGAUAUCUGAGCUUUCGCUAAUGUCAGGUGGCGAGUACACCGUCCAUUUUCUAGUUCAUGUUAAAGAUGACAAUGUACCGAUCUGGGCUGAAAAACAGAUCUAUGAUCGGGUACUAGAAAAUUCCUUACCUGAGGAAUUCCGCGGUAUGGGAUCUCUGUGGAGCGAGAGACAAAUGAGUCUCAUCUACGGGGGGCUUGAAGAGUCCUUCUUCCGUGAUUUACCCGUCCAUGGUGUAUACCGGGGCCUGUAUAUGGCAUUACAAUACUUCUCAACCCAGCAUCCGGAGUAUGAACAUCUCUGGAAUUGGGAGCUAGAUGUGAGAUAUACGGGCCACUGGUACCACCUCUUUGAACGCGUGCGGCAAUGGACAAGAGAUCAGCCGCGAAAGGGGCUUUGGGAGCGAAACGGCCGAUUCUAUAUCCCAUCAGUCCAUGGUAGCUGGGAAGACUUCAAACAGAUGGUCCGCGUGCAAUCUGAGAUGGGUACAGAAAGCCCAAACAACAUCUGGUCUGGCCUCAAAUCCGGCAACAGUGAAGUUCCAGGUCUACCACAAGGCAAGACCGACAAACCAGUGUGGGGCCCCGAAAGCCCAGAAGAUAUGCUCGCCGAUCAAGAAGACCCUACUCCAGCUACCUCGAUAGAAAAAGACCACUACGAAUGGGGAGUCGGUGAAGAAGCCGAUCUCAUAACAUUCAGCCCCCUCUUCGACCCAGACGGCACGACAUGGUUCUACACUGACGAUGUUACGGGUUACAACACCACCACAGGCCUCCCACCACGACGAUCAGCUAUCGGCGCGUCAUCACGUCUUUCCCGCCGCUUACUGCAGAGAAUGCAUCGUGAGACCAUCUUAGCGCGCCACCACAUGUUUUCCGAGAUGUGGCCUGCAUCAAUUGCGCUACAUCACGGUCUCAAAGCCGUCUACGCUCCCCAUCCUGUCUACAUCGACAGAAGAUGGCCGACAAAGUACCUGGCGGACGUAAUGAAUGGGGGUAGGAACGGGGCAUCAGGCGGCGCAAGAACGAGCGUAUACGGCGGCCGCGAACACAACUUCAAGGGGCAAACUUGGUUCUAUGAUGCGGGCUUCUCACCAAAUCUUUGGCGAAGGUGGCUAGGGUACAAAGUCGACAAUGAUGGUGGAGAACAGGAGGAGGUUACAGGGGAGGGAAGAAUGUGCUUACCUGCCAUGCUAUUGCAUCCAGUGAAGGGGGUGGAGUUAGUCGUCGAAGGCGGGAAGAGGGUCGAUGAAGAAGGGCCGGCGGACAUGGAAGUGGAGACGAUGGCAGAUGCGGAGCUAGACUGGGAGAGAGAUGGAUGA